UACCUCUCUCUCUCUCUCUACUUUGCUUUCACUCAGUUUAAUCCUCCAUUCCACCAACUAGAUCAUUCAUUCUCACCUUCCUCUCUCUAGAAUUUUCCAGGGUUUCUCUCUCUCUCUCCCCCUUCAUAUGGAAUUGUAAAUUCCACCAAAAUCUUUGGACUCUCUUUCAAUUUCUGCAUUCCAUUCUCUUUUAUUUAUUCCAUUUCAGUUUAUCUUUCUCUUUCUAUCUUCGUUCCCGCGUAACUGAGUAAUUGUUUCCCAGGCUUUGGAUGCAGAAGUAUUAAUUUUGAAUUUGGUGUAUUGUGAGGAAGAGACAUGAGUACGAAACUCUUGCAUAUCCAGCCUAAGGAAUUACAAUUCUUAUUUGAAUUGAGGAAACAAAGUACGUGCACAGUUCAACUAUCCAAUAAUACCCAUCAUCAUGUUGCCUUUAAAGUUAAAACUACGUCUCCUAAGAAAUAUUGUGUUCGACCAAAUGUUGGGAUAAUUUUGCCAAAAUCAACAUGUGAAUUUUCAGUUAUAAUGCAAGCUCAACGGGCUGCCCCACCUGAUAUGUUAUGUAAAGACAAGUUUUUAAUUCAAAGCACAAUCGUUCCUUCAGGGAUAACAGAAGAGGACAUCACUGCAAGUAUGUUUUCAAAAGAUGGAGGCAAAUAUAUUGAAGAGGAUAAGCUCAAAGUGGCGCUCAUUAGUCCGCUGAAUUCCCCAAUACUCUCGCCUUCUGAUGGAGCAUUGGACGCUAGAAUGGAUGACGUUAUGAAAUUGAAUGAAGAUAGUGGACCAUUAAGUGAUGGGAUGGACACCAAUGAAACCCCAAAGCUGAAAGAUCAAAAUGGUGCAUCAGAUGAGGUACUUCCCUCCGUGGUUCCAAUCCUAAGAUAUCAAAAUGGACUAUCAAAUGAGGGCAUGACCCAUGAGGCUUCAAGAUUCAAAGAUGAUUUUGUUGCAUUGAAGGGGGAGCGGACCAUUGAAGCUUUAAAGCCAUCUGAUCAAAAUGGAGCAUUCAGGGAGGAGGUUCUGCCUCAUGAGUUUUCAAGACUGAAGGAUCCAAAUGAAACAUCAAAGGAAGAGCUACCUCGUGAAGCAUUAAAACCGAGAGAUCAAAAUCGAGCAUUAAAGGAAGAGGAGUUGAGUGUUGAAUCACCAACAAAAAAAGUUCAAAAUGGUGCACUGAAGUGGGGAGCCUACGGAAGUUCACAUCUGGAGAAUCCAGUACCAGACACAAAAUUUCCUGAGGAUGCGGAUGAAUCCCUAGAGCUAAACAAUAGCAUGUCAAGAUUACAAAAGACUGCUGAGAUAAAGCAAGGCACAGAAUUGGAACCUUUGAAACUGAAAAAAGCUGAACAGCUACAGUUAGUUAAGGACAUUGAUGAGAUGAAAUCGAAGCUACAUGAAAUUGAAUUAAAGCUUGGAGAGGCUCAAGGUACCAUUUCAAUGCUGUCUGAAGCGAGGAGAUUAAGUGCUCAAGAAGUGAAAAUCUUGAAGGAGAAAUUGCUGGAACUGAGUAGGAGGGGCAGGGCGAGCAAUCAAGUCGGUUUUCCUCCUUUGUUUAUCUGUAUGGUGGCGUUAAUUUGCAUUGUGUUCGGAUUCGUUUUGCACCAUUGAAGUGUAAGGUGGGGAGGAGAUGAGAUGAGGAUUGCAGAAAAUAUGUAAAGAAAAAUAUUUUACUUAUGUAGAUAGAUCAGUAGCUAGUGCGGUGUGUUGUCAAUAAGAUGCACAUUUUGAUUUUGGGCACUGGAAGUUUGCUGCUCUUAGUAUGCAAUUCAGAUUUUGGGUAUAAAUCUAACACGAUGCUCAUCUGCUUUUACCAAUGUUUGAAGAUGAGUUGUGAUGGUUGACCAAAUGUUGGGUUUCAUAUUGGUCUUCUUUUCUCUCU